AUGUCGUCUACUGUUGAUCUAAGUGCUUUCCCCACAGCUGCUCCCGCCGCUCCAUCAGCUGAGAUUCGCUACGCGGAUGUCGCUGUCACGGCAACUGCGAAAGAGUUUAAAGGCGUAUACCGUGAUGAUAAGCAGUACCACGAACCCGACUUUAUUAGCACUCUUGACCGUGCCAAAGAUGCAGGUGUUAGCAAGGUCUUGUUGACGGGCAUGUCGCUUUCAGACGUUUCGCACAACGACAGCAUCACCAAGCAGCGUCCAGCACAGGCUUACUAUACCAUUGGCGUGCACCCGUACCAUGCUUCGGAACUGGACAAGGGUGGAAAGGCGUAUCUUGCUGAGCUGGAACAAAAAGUCAAAAACGCCCUGGCUCAAGACUCGCCGCAUAUCGCCGCCUUUGGAGAGCUUGGCCUUGACUAUGACAAGGAGGAACAUGCGUCCAAAGAUGUACAGAAGAAGGCUUUCGUGGCGCAACUGGAUCUUUUUGUCAAGAACCAGUGGGAUCUCCCUCUAUUUCUGCACUGUCGCAAUGCGUUUGAUGAUUUCGUCGAGACAAUGACCCCAUACAUGGAGAAGCUACCCCGCGGUGGGUUAGUACACAGCUUUGUUGGCAACGCAUCGCAAAUGGAGAAGCUUGUAUCGAUGGGUUUCGGAGUGAGCGUCAAUGGAUUCAGUUUCCAGACCACAGAAAGUCUGGAAAUGGUAUCCAAGAUUCCUCUCGAUGCGCUACAACUCGAGACGGAUGCCCCGUGGGGUGAACUCAAGGGCACAUCUGAAGUAGUCAAGCAAUACUGCGCCAACGCCAGGCCUCUGCCGGCAUCGAAGAAGAGAGACAAGUGGGAUGCCAAGUGUAUGGUCAAGGAGAGGAAUGAGAGCUGUACCAUUGAGAGGGUUGCUUUGAUUGUGGCGGGGUUGAAGGGUGUCCCUGUCGACGAAGUUGCUGAAGCGGCGUGGAGGAAUAGUGUGAGGAUGUUUGGACUUGGACGACGAUAA